AAAUAGAAAUAACUGAAUUGGAUUCCGGGUACAAACAAAAAUAAUUGAAUUACUUUCAUUUACUUGGAAUUCAAUUCUAAGAAUCAGAUUACCCUAUGAUUGAACUUUUAAGAUUCGGAUUCGAGGUGUAAUUUUAAUCAAUGUUCAAUCCUAAUCUCUGGUUACUGCAUGCAUUUGAGACCUUUUGUGAACCGCAUACCUUACUGCUCCCACAAGUGACAGGACUUGGCGCUACAUCAUGUCACAGGGGCAGGGCUGCGACGGCCGCUCGGGCUGAAGCCGAGUCCCCUUAUAAAAAGCUGAGUCCUUGAACUCAUUAGGCUUCCUUCCCUCUUUACACCGUUGGCCUCCCGAAUAUCCCACAAAACGAAAAGCAGAGACAACAAUGGCAUCACCAUCACAUAAACUCAUAAAUCUUUUAAAACAAUGUGAUUCAUUCAAAUUACUAAAACAAAUUCAUUCUCAGAUGAUUAUAAACUCAAUCACAGACAAACAAAAUUACCUGCUUUCUAAACUCAUUGAUCUCAAAGUAAACUCUGAUUACACUCUGUUUUUCUUCUCACAUAUUUCUGAACCCAAUGAUUUCUCAUAUAACUUGAUUAUCCGUGCUUUGACUAAUACUUGGCAUGAUUAUUCACUAACCCUUCAACUUUACUUUGAAAUGAAGGGUUUUGGUAUAGAACCUAACAAUUUUACUUACCCAUUUUUGUUGAUUUCUUGUGCUAAUUUACCAUCAUUAAGUAUAGGUAGACUGGCACAUUCCUGUGUUGUGAAACUUGGGUUGGAGCUAGAUUCUCAUAUUACUCAUUCUCUGAUUACUAUGUACUCUAGGUGUGGUGAUGUAUGUGUUGCAAGGAAAGUGUUUGAUGCAAUAACUGAGAGAGAUUUGGUCUCUUGGAAUUCGAUGAUAUCGGGUUAUUCAAAGAUGGGUUGUUCUAGAGAAGCUGUGGGCUUGUUUAAGGAGAUGAGGAUGAAGGGGUGUGAACCAAAUGAAAUGAGUGUAGUGAGUGUUCUUGGAGCUUGUGGUGAUCUUGGGGAUUUGAGUUUUGGGAAAUUGUUGGAAGGUUUGGUAGUGGAAAAGGGAUUUGAAUUAAAUACAUUUGUUGGUUCGUCGUUGAUUAAUAUGUUCGGAAAGUGUGGGGAUUUGGAAUCAGCUAGGAGGAUUUUUGAUCGAAUGCCUGUAAAGAAAGAUUCGAUUCCAUGGAAUGCCAUGAUCACAGGGUAUGCACAAAAUGGGGCAGCAGAUGAAGCAAUUGCUCUAUUCCACGACAUGAUAAGUGCUAGAGCGGAGGCUAAUAAGAUUACACUUUCAGCGGUACUAUCAGCAUGUGCCUCUGUCGGAGCCAUAGAUUUGGGUAAGUGGGUAGAAGAAUACUCUUCCAAAAAAGGAUAUCUGCAUGACGUCUACAUUGCGACGGCUUUAGUUGAUAUGUACGCGAAAUGCGGAAGCAUAAACCAGGCACAUCAAAUAUUUAAAAACAUGCCUUCAAAAAAUGUGGUCUCUUGGAACGCCAUGAUCUCUGCGCUUGCUGUUCAUGGAAGGGCACAAGAUGCCAUAGCUCUGUUUAAGUCCAUGCUCAAGGAUGGGACUGUCUGUCCGGACGACAUCACUUUCGUUGGAGUUCUAUCUGCAUGUGUGCAUGUAGGGUUGGUUGAAGAGGGCUGCCAGUGGUUUGAUUUGAUGGGACCCACUUUUGGAUUAAUCCCAAAAGUAGAGCACUAUUCUUGCGUGGUUGAUCUUUUGGCACGCUCAGGAAAUUUAGAAGAAGCGUGGAAUUUUAUUGAGAAGAUGCCUGAAAAGCCCGACGCUGUCAUGUUGGGGGCACUGCUUGGAGCAUGCAAGACUAGAGGGAAUGUGGAGAUUGGUGAACGUGUGGUGAGUUUGCUAAUUGAUUUGGAGCCAGCCAAUUCUGGAAACUAUAUUAUAUCAGCCAAGAUGUAUGCAAAUUCAAAGAAGUGGGAUGAUUCGGCAAGGAUGAGAGGGUUGAUGAGAGAGAAAGGGGUGAGUAAGACACCUGGUGUUAGCUGGAUUGAUAUUGAGAGUCAACUUCAUGAGUUUCAUGCGGGUGAAAUCUGCCUUGCGUCUAAUGGUAUUUCCCAAGUUUUCAACUCGUUGAAUGAGGAAAUGAAGUUUGAAGGAUAUGUUCCCAACACGAGUUAUCUGUAGGCAGUGGAAGAUGGAAAAUGAUUAUCAUUUCAAACCAAACUCACCUACUUGACACAUUGCUUGUAAUUUGGACCUCUUGGAUCCUUCAGUAUUAUGAUUUUCUCUGAUGGCAAGUAGGAUUAACUCACCCGUUAGAAAAAUAAAGCUAUGCGGCCCUUAACUGUCUGGUACACAUUUGGAUACCAGAGCCUAAAAUGAAUUUGCC